UCUGAAGUCACAUCUCAAAAUGAGUUUUGCAGGCAAAGUUGUGUUGGUGACGGGAGGCAGCUCGGGCAUCGGCGCCGCUGCGGCCGUGCUGUUCGCUAAGGAGGGGGCGGCUGUGGCGGUGGUGGGUCGCAACCGAGCCAAGCUGGACAGCGUGGCGCAGCGCUGCCGAGAGCUGGGCGCGCGCACGCUCCUCAUCACCGCCGACAUCGCCAACGACCAGGAGGCCAGCACCAUCGUGCAGAAAACCAUCGAUGAGUUCGGAAAACUAGAUGUUCUCAUCAACAAUGCUGGUAUAUACUUAGAAGGAGAUGGCUUGUUCAACGGCAAAAUAAUGGAGUCCUACGACAAAAUUAUGAACACCAACCUACGCGCGGCUGUGAAUAUCACCAACCUAGCUGUACCGCAUCUUGUGAUAUCAAAAGGCAAUAUAAUCAACAUUUCCAGUACCUUAGGAAGCAAACCCAGUUCUUUGGCUCUUUCGUAUUGCGUCUCCAAAGCUGGCUUAGAUCAGUUUUCUAGAGUAGCAGCCCUGGAACUAGCUCCAUCCGGCGUCAGAGUGAACAUUGUUAGUCCAGGACCAGUUAUCACUGAUAUUUUGGACAAUGCUGGCAUUACUAAUAAUGUGUUUGAAGAUUGGAGGAUGUUGACGGCUCUGAAAAGAGUAGCAGCGCCGGAGGAAAUCGGUGAUAUGCUGGUAUUCCUCGCGAGUGAUAAGGCUAAGAGCAUCACGGGGGCUAACUUUUUUGUUGACAAUGGAGAAUUACUGUUGUAACAAUGUUGCUAAAUUAUACUAUUUCGUUAUUUA